AUGCAGCGCUCCUCGCAGGCCGAUGUACCGCUCGACAGGUCACGCGUACCUGCCGACGCAUGCACAGGCCCCAGUGGUGAUGCAGCUACUGGUCGCUGUGUGCUCGUCAAGCGCGGUUCUCGACGGCAUGCGCGCGUCUCGAGGGAGUCCAUGAACCGCCUCGUGAUGGAGUAUCUAGUAGGAAAGGGAUACCGAGAGGUUGCUGAAGCGUUCCGGCGUGACUCGGGUACCACACCGACCGUUGACUUGCAAUUGGUGCAGGAACGCAUGAGUGUGCAGCAAUUUCUGCUCGAGGGUCGUGUUCAGAGCGCACGCGGCAAAUUGGUGAACAUGGAGCCCCACUUGCUGCAGAAGGAGAGCGCGAUGGACUUCUUGUUGGCGAAACAAGAGCUGAUUGAGCUGAUCAAACGUCAGGAGAUCGAAGAAGCGUUGCAGUUUGCAAUCGAAAACCUCGCACCAUUCGGUCGAGCGAGCCCCCAUUUUCUCCGUGAGAUCGAACAGACAAUGUCACUUGUUGCGUUCCAAAAUCCGUCCGAGUCGCCACUGGGGUAUUUGCUGGAGCAAUCUCAACGCUGCCGUGUGGCGAGCGAAGUCAACUCGGCGAUCUUGCGAAGCCAAGUGCAGGAACCCGAGCCCAUGCUGUCCUUGAUGGUCCAGCAAUUCCAUUACAUGGAAGAACAGCUGGAAACUAAGCUCAGCCGUCGCUCGCAUGGCAUCCGAGUUGACGACUCGACACGCUAG